CGGUUUGUGUAAUUAUGGGAUUAUUUUUGAUUUUGAACUAGAAAAAUAAAGAAAUUAUUCUAGCCCAAUGUUUGUUGACUUAGAUAAAAUAUAAUAUUUCUAAGAUGUUAUUGUUACUAAUUUUUUAUUAAUGUAAUUCUAUAAUGCUCAACAUUUUCUUAUUUAAUGCAUCAAAUAUUUUUAGAAAACAUUUUUGUUUAUAGUCUUGCAUACACUUUCCUACAAAAAUAUUGGUCUUUUAAUGUCUUACAAUAAUUCAGGAUGAGUUCAACUUGGGAAGCUGUGCCCCGUUUUUACAAUCCUUUAAAAGCCGGUAGUAUUGAUGGUACCGACAACAUUCCUCAUGAUCAUGGUGUUGUUCGAGCCAUGCAAGCAGAGUAUAAACCAAACAAAUUGGUUGUUGGCCAUCCAAAAGCUACUGUAUUUGUUGGAAGAUUGAAUCCUAAAACUGAUGAAAGUACACUGAAAAGAAUGUUUUCUCGGUGUGGCGAUAUUAAAAGGUUCAGGUUGAUUCGUGAUAUAGUCACAGGUUUUUCAAAAGGCUAUGGAUUUAUAGAAUAUUAUGACAAAUACGAUGCUAUUAAAGCCGUGAGAGACUUCGAUCAUACCAUCGUUGAUGACAAAGAAAUUCUAGUGGAUUUAGAGUGUGAAAGAGUACUUACUGGAUGGAUACCUCGCAGAUUAGGUGGAGGACUGAGUGGGAAAAAGGAGUCAGGUCAGCUGAGAUUUGGUGGCAAAGAGCGUCCAUUUAAGAAGCCAAUUUUACCUUUCAACUUGCAAGAUAAGAGAAAAUAUUCAGAUAGACAUUCAUCAAGAGAUUCAUCUGAUAGACAUAGCUCCUACAGGAAAAACAAACAUUAUUAUUAAAUUCAAAGAACAUUGAAGAUGGUUUUGUUAUUGAAUGAGAAAGAAAAUUAGGCUGCUAUGUUUAUUUUUCUAUGGUUUAAAUGAAUUUAUGAGGAAAUGUGAAGGUAACUUCAGUGGUUACUUACUAAAAACGUCACAAAAAUUGUGCCAAGCGUCACAAACAUUUAUUUCUAACUCUGGCCUCUUGAGUUUACCAAAUCUGAAAUAAAAAAUAAAAUGUAUUUUGUAAUAAA